UGGUGCACUGUGUCCCUCGGACACAGCGGAUCCCCGAUCAAUGGAAAGUGCUAAAGAUGUCGGCUCGGUCAUGUGAUCAGCUGUGUCCAAUCACAGCUGAUCACAUCAGCGCCACCUGUCAGUGUCCAUCAGUGCCAGCUCUCAGUGCUCAUCCAUGCCACGUGCCAGUGCCCAUCAGUGCCACAUCAGUGCCACAUUUCAGUGCCCAUCAGUGCAACUUCAAUGCCACAUAUAAGUGUGCAUCUAAACUGCCUUUCAGUGCCAGUCAGUGCCACCUAUCAAUGCCAGUCAGUGCUACCUAUCAGUGCUGCCAAUCAGUGCCACCUAUCAGUGCCAGCCAGUGCCGCUAUCAGUGACAGUCAGUGCUGCCUAUCAGUGUGAAUCAGUGCCACCUAUCAGUGCCCGUCAGUGCUGCUUAUCAGUGCCGCCUAACAGUG